UUAAACUUCAAUCAAAAACUCAGAUUCAAACCAUCCCGCCACUAUUUCUCUCUUUAAUUUUGUUUUAAAACUUUUUAAAUGUUAAUUUCCUCACAAAAUUUCAAAGCUUUCUUUCAUUUUCUCACUGCCCAAACCCAGAAUGGCUACCAAUUUUGAAGCCUUGCCCCCUUUGAAAAGAUUCCGCCUUAUGCAACAACGCGAAGGUCAUCAGCAAAAUCAACAAUCAACAUUUUGUCUUCCGGCUAAGAAGAGAAAACUGCCCCAAUUUCAAUGUGAAUCUGAAGUCACCCUUUCGACUGCAACGUAUUCUUUGCCGGCUAAGAAAAGGGUGUGGGCUCUUCAGCCGGAUUUAGUGUCUGAUUCGCCUUCAUUGAGUCUUGAUCUUAAUGUUGAGUGGAAGCCGUGUUUCAAUGAAGAAGCUGAAACAGAAGAAGAGUCUAAAGAAAUCAGUGAGUUCAACUCUAAUCUUGAAAGCAAGAGUUUAGAAGAUGAAGAGGUGGCUUGUGGGGAAGAUGAUGAUGAUGGGAUUGUUUGUGCAAUAUGUCAAAGCACAGACGGGGAUUCAAAAGAUCCUAUUGUGUUAUGUGACGGGUGUGAUUUAAUGGUGCACACCACUUGUUAUGGCAAUCCUCUGGUGAAAAAUAUCCCGGAAGGUGAUUGGUUUUGUGCUCAAUGCUUAGCAAGUAAAGAGAAAAAUUCUCAAUUUUCUUGUUGUUUGUGUCCAAUGAAGGGUGGUGCCAUGAAGCCAACUACUAAUGGCUUGUGGGCGCACGUCGUCUGCGCGGUUUUUGUUCCUGAGGUUUUCUUUGAGGAUCCAGAGGGAAGAGAGGGGAUUGAUUGUUCUAAGGUGCCGAAGGUGAGGGAGGAGAAGAAAUGUUAUAUUUGUAGGAGUAAACGAGGAUGUGCGAUUGAGUGUUCUGAGCCCAAGUGCCCUCUAUGGUUUCAUGUAACUUGUGGAUUGAAGGAAGAUCUUUCUAUUGAGUAUAAGGAAGGGAAGAAGGGAGCUGUUGUUGCAGGGUUCUGCAAAGACCAUACUGAGUUAUGGAAGAAGCAACAACAGACAGGAAAAUUCAAGAUUGUGGCAAGAAAUGAGUAGCUUGAAACACAGAAGGGGGUGUGUUCCUAUAGCAUAAUUGCAGAUUCUGACUCUUAACAUUUAUAUGAUGAUGUUGCUUUCAAAGUUUAGGUUUGAUCAUUAGUUGAUAUGAAAGUUCUGCUGAUUCUGUGUUCUUGAUGAGUAAAUUUAGAGGCUGUUUCUUGACGUUCAUUUUCCAACAUGAAUAUGUGACAUGGAUUAUAAUGGUGCUUCAUUUUUUGUGAAUGGUUUGUCAUUGCAAAUGCACUUUCUUGGUUCA